AUGGCAGAAAUGGCAGACCUCGCCGAACUGCCGCCAAACCGUGCAAAAUUUGAGGAACGACUUCUGGCGAUAACCACCAAGAAAGCAGGCAAUGCGAAGUACCUCAGCGAGGAGAAAUAUCUAGAGGUAAUCAAAGAAGUGAAGGGGGCAUUGGAGAAAGAAGGGAAGGGGCUGAUCAAGAAGGAGCGCGACCGCCUCAAGAAGUACGCCGCGAAAACGAUGGGAGCAGAGGAGUACCUGGUGAAACACGGAGACCACAAGAAUUAUUUCGUGAAUAAUGAGCGGAUGUACGACGCCCUCCUCGAAGUACACUUGCAAGUAAGUCAUGGUGGCAAAAACCGCAUGUUGCCAAUUAUUAGGAAGAAGUACAGCAACGUAUCCCAAGAGGCCACCUUCCUCUUCCUGUCCCUUUGCGGCAUUUACCUAGCCAAGAAAAAACCUAAGAAGAGGGGCAUUGUCGUGAAACCUCUGGUGUUCGAAGAAAUGAACCAAAGAUGCCAAGUAGAUUAA